AGGACAGAGACAGAGAGAGAGAGGGGUGAUGUUAGGGCUGGACAGGUGCUUUGACACCUCACUGCGAGUGGGGUAUAUAAGGGCUGGGUAGAAACAGAGAUAUUUAGCUGAGGCCUUCUGCCUGACAGAUAGACUGUCCAUCUCCAGUUGAAGCCAUGCUGUGUAAACUGCUGCUGUCCUGCGCUCUCCUUCUAACAGCCCUGGAGCCUCUCCUCGGGCACCCCAUCGCCCACUCUGCCGACAUCAUGUCCUACGCGGGGCCUGUGUCUGUAGAAGAGGACCAGCUGGUCAGUCCAGAAGAACUGUCCUAUUCUGACCAGGUGUAUUUGUCCCAGGGCUACCCUGCACUCCUUACAGGAGAUAUCAGCAGAGAGGGUCUCAGAACAGCCAGCUUCAUCCCAAGCCAAUCGGUGAAAGACGUCAUGCUGGAGAAGCCUUUGUUGAACCCCCUGAGCCAAUUCCUGGGUGGCAGGAAGCAGUACCGGAAAAGGGGAAGCAAUACAGAGUGCUUCUGGAAGUACUGCGUCUGAAAAAAAACAAAACAUCCACACACAGAGACACGCAUAUUGCACAUGUACAGCAGCACACGCUCACAUACACAAAUGACUGAUGCAAAAACGUGCUGAAGUAGAGAAUGUGUAUACUUACUGAAUUAUCUAGAUGCUAACUUAUUUUGUACACCUACUUUGGCACAGGUGUAAAUAUGAUACAAUAUUUGAGUGUUAAAUGUUAAUAAAGUUCUAUGUUUCAAGAUUGU